CGGUGAAAAAUUUAGCUAUCUGCUUGAGCAAAAUGGUGGCGGUCAAAUUUUUUUUAGUCGGUGCAGUUUUGGUGACAAUCUUUGUUACAAUUUCACUGGUAUCUCAUCCUGCUGGGUUCGAAUACGAGGAUGAGCCUACUGCGACUGCUGGUGGCUCUAAUGAUGGAUCAGAAUCGGACUCAUUUUUCAGAGUCAUUAAAAAAGUUUCUCGGAGAUCACUCUUCAAUUUGUGGCCGAAGUCGCCAGUGAAAAAAAAAAAGUGCGUCAGUGCUGUCGGUGAAAAAACGGUCGCGACAAAACUAGAUAAAAAAAAAGAAGUUAUCAAGAACCUCAAAAACGAGGUUGCCCGUCAACGCCAGCUCAUCGAAAAUUUGACUGCGGAGCGAGAAAAAUUUCAUGAAAUCGUCAAAGAUUGCAACACGAAAAAUGAUCGGGAACGCCAACGGUGUAAUGACCUCGAAAAAAUUAACGGUAACAUCGAUAGGAGUCUUGCAACCUGCAUCGAAAAAACUAAAACCCAGAGUGCAUCAAUUGAUAAUCUCAUCGACGAGAACAAGAAUCUGAAUGACGUCUUAAGUAAGCUCAAAAACAAGAAUCAUAAUGAUAUAAGACAACUUAAAGCAACCGUAAGCAACAUCAAUGAGAAUCUUACCAAGUGUAACAAUGAAACUGAGUCUCUGAGGGAUUCAAUCAACAGGCUUACCACCGAGAAGAGCAAUCUGAAUGAUAACUUGACUAAAUGCAACGAUCUAACCAAGUCCCUACGUGAUUCAAUGGAUAAUCGCACCGGCAAGAACAAGAAUCUGAAUGACAGCUUAUUUGAACUCAAAAACAAAUGCGAUAAUGAUACAAGACAACUGAAAGCAACUAUAAACAACAUCAAUGGGAGUCUUACCAAGUGCAACAAUAAAACUGAGUCUCUGAGGGAUUUAAUCGGCAGCCUCACCACCGAAAAGAGCAAUCUGAACGAUAACUUGACUAGAUGCAACGAUCUAACCAAGUCCCUACGUGAUUCAAUGGAUAAUCGCACCGGCAAGAACAAGAAUCUGAAUGACAGCUUAAUUAAACUCAAAAACAAAUGCGAUAAUGAUACAAAACAACUGAAAGCAACUAUAAACAACAUCAAUGGGAGUCUUACCAAGUGCAACAAUAAAACUGAGUCUCUGAGGGAUUUAAUCGGCAGCCUCACCACCGAGAAGAGCAAUCUGAACGAUAACUUGACUAGAUGCAACGAUCUAACCAAGUCCCUACGUGAUUCAAUGGAUAAUUGCACCGGCAAGAACAAGAAUCUGAAUGACAGCUUAAUUAAACUCAAAAACAAAUGCGAUAAUGAUACAAAACAACUGAAAGCAACUAUAAACAACAUCAAUGGGAGUCUUACCAAGUGCAACAAUAAAACUGAGUCUCUGAGGGAUUUAAUCGGCAGCCUCACCACCGAAAAGAGCAAUCUGAACGAUAACUUGACUAGAUGCAACGAUCUAACCAAGUCCCUACGUGAUUCAAUUCAUAAUUGCACCGGCAAGAACAAGAAUCUGAAUGACAGCUUAAUUAAACUCAAAAACAAAUGCGAUAAUGAUACAAGACAACUGAAAGCAACUAUAAACAACAUCAAUGGGAGUCUUACCAAGUGCAACAAUAAAACUGAGUCUCUGAGGGAUUUAAUCGGCAGCCUCACCACCGAAAAGAGCAAUCUGAACGAUAACUUGACUAGAUGCAACGAUCUAACCAAGUCCCUACGUGAUUUAAUGGAUAAUUGCACCGGCAAGAACAAGAAUCUGAAUGACAGCUUAAUUAAACUCAAAAACAAAUGCGAUAAUGAUACAAGACAGCUCAAUAAAAUGAUUUAUGAAAUCAAACUGAAACAAACUAUGUGCGAAACCAAUCGACAAGAGUGGUGUGUUGUAAAUUCCAAUGCGUCCAAACCGUUGCAAAUGUGUAUCAAUAAUAACAUGAAGCUCCGCGAUGCUAACAUGAUGUUGAACCAACUCAACACGACCCUAAAUAGAAAGCUUAAUAACUUGCGCGAUAAUAACUCGCGGCUGGAGAGUUUUCAGUCAGCAUAUUACGAUUGUAAAAAUUGGACACAUAAGGUGAGGUUGGACGAUAAAUGGAAGAAAAACACAUACUACGAGCACCUUCACAGUUUAUAUUUGUCCUGGUCAAAUUCGAGCACUGGUUUUUCACAAGCUUGCCACAAAAUGUGCAACGGCACAGGAGUAUCCACGGACGAGGUUUCCAUGGACGAGGUGGCACAUAGAAUACACGAUUGCAUUGAUAAUCAAAGACAAUACUUCACACAAUCAAAAAUGAAAUACGAAAGAGACAUAAGUUACUACCGCGAGGAAUUAGUUAAGGUACAAAACGAGUGUCACCAUGAAUCUUCCGUAGUUCCAGCUAUUACAGAAAGGACCAAGCCCAUUCCAACCUGUGACGACGAUUUGCCUGCACUGAAAAACAUGUUGGAGUCGUGCAACGAGGAUCUUAUGAGUGCACAAGAACAGUUAGAGUUGUACCCAGCGGAGUGCCGUAUAAAAAAAAAUAGGGUGCAGCCCCCUAAUGUGUGAACAUUAUUCGUUGUGAAAUGUGUCCCAAAAAUCCUUCACAUUAUCGUUAUUUAUCAAUAAAAAAAUAUAUGCUUACGAUAUUUUACUAAAAUUUCAUAAUUGCUCGUAAUUUUGGAAUUUUUAUAUUUUUUCUUUUGCGUACACCCCUGCUAGAAUACAUCUUCAUGCCGUAUGCACAUAUACGAGCAUACAAACGAACGCUCAGAAGCGCGUCAAUCGUGACAACAUUGUACACAGGCAAUUGUUUGAAACGAGCGCAGCGUCCUAAAGUAUAGUGAUAAUCAUUGCCCGUCUCACUCGACAGUUGUCGCUAUCGCGAACCUUGAAAUUUUCCCACUCAAAUUCUCAUACGAUUUUUAUUACAAUCAUUUUUUUCUAUAAAACUAGACGGUAGAUCAUGUUUUUUUUUUAAAUUAUUUCUUUAGAAGAUACUCUAACACUGUUUUUUUUUAAAUCAAAAUGGUAAGAACCGUUCUCGAGUUAUUUCGGUUCACAUUUUUUGUUUGACGAUUACCAUGUGUUCAGAUGGAGAAACCGCAGAACUUUAACUUGCAGUAUCUGAAAAACUAAACGGUAGAACUACUUUUUUUUUUAAUCCAUUCGUUAAAUUUUUCUGGGCGACACAUUUUUUUCUAAAUUUCCGUAAGAAAUCGGGUUUUGGUAUUGAACAACCUUAGGAUCGUUAGAAUUUUGUGAACAGUGCCAUACCGAUAGGAAAUGUAAAAAAGCUGACAGUGGUAGAAACAGAAAGUCUUUUCAUUCAUGGUUAUUAUACUGAGGUCUUUAUACUGAGAAAAGAAAAACGAAAGUUAGAAGAAAAUCGAAUGGUUUUUUUUAUAUUUGAUAAUUGAAAACGAAUAAUUGUAAGCUCAAACUUUUUCUCGUAUAUUUUUAUCAUUUUCGCUAGUAAUAAUGUAAUGCUAUAUAAUAUACACAGAGUUUGUACAAGAAAUACAUAUCUUUGUUGCUAUCAUCGCAAUACAAUAAAU